GUGGGGGCUUGCCGGUUCACUCAAAGAAGCAGAAGAAGAUCGAGGUGGUCGCGUGCCUUCCAGCCUCCGCGUGGCAGCACAGCGUCGUAGCACCGCUUCUGAAACGACGGCGACUUCCCUGCGACCUGGCCGGAGUGAGUGCUGUCCCCCGAGUCCUGGACGCCAGCAUCGCACACGCUUCCACCACGUAUUCAAGAGCCGAGCGCACGCAGAACAAGCGACAUGGCCGUUGCUGCUGCUUCGUCGACCGAGAAGCCCGGCGGGGACAAGCGAAAAGUGUCGGCGAAGUUGCUCGUCUCGCUUUACCCCAGGAUUCCAAAGACUGCCUCUGUGCUGCUGGACUUCUUCAUCAAGCGCGAGAGCAAGGUGUCUCUGAUGCGCGAGCCGCUGUCGCACUUCUGCCAGGAGGAGGUGGUUCUCCACGCGCAAGAGUGCCUCCUCAAGCUCAACAAGCAGGUCAUCACGUACCAGGACAUCCGCGAUAUGGUCGAGAAUUUGGUCGGCCUCCACAACAUGUGUAUAAAGAAAAACACGGAAGUUGCGAAAGAACUCGGUGUCACCGUACGCAAGCUGACUAUCAUCGUGGGCGAGGUUGCAACAUCCUUGGAGAAGAUCGCCGAAGUGCCCGUCACGGACUGGAUGGCCAUCGGUGACGCUAUUGUCAACAAGCUUGAACGGAUGAAUCCACCUAAACCACCUCCAUUCGCUACGUUUAUUCCACGGAUGCGUGACUUCAAGAACAUGAAGAUGCUCGGGGCCGGCGGCUUUGGGGCCGUGUACCUGGUCACCUACCGUCCUGCCAACUUCGUGGUGACGGUGAAGCUUGUGAACAUGGACCGCUUCAGCCGACACAAGCAGGCCGCCAUGGACAAAGUUGUCGCGUCCGUCAUCAGGAACCCCUUCCUUGUCAAGUACUACUGCUGUUUCUGCGUCAAGGAAGCGUACGUGACCGUCAUGGAGUACAUCGCCGGCCUGGACCUGAUGCGCGUUGUGACCAAGGAGGAGUACUUGGAGAUCGAGGCUGUGCGCAUCAUCAUGGCGCAAUUGAUCCUCGCGCUUGAGCACAUGCACUUGCGCGGAUUUCUCCACCGGGAUAUCAAGGUGUCCAACAUGCUCAUUUUGCCGGGCGGGCGAGUGAAGGUCAUCGACUUCGACACAACUAAAGUGUGCAACGGUCACUUCACCAAGCGUUUCCUGAGGGGCUACUUUCGGAGAACUCCUUUCGAGUUCCACGACGGUGAGUCGGCCGGCACCAUACCGUACAUGGCUCCGGAAAUUCUCAAAAGGAGACCGUACGGUCGCGCUGCCGACUGGUGGUCGACGGGCGUCGUCAUGUACAAGCUGAUGACCGGCCGGGUGCCGUUCCGAGGAAAGACCAAGCAGCUGCUUCGCGAGCGCAUCAUCACGUCGCCGCUGAAGUGGCCGCGUGCCGAUGAGCAUCCACACUCGGCCACGACGCCGGCCAAGGACAUGACGUACCGACUGCUCAAGAAGAGCCCCGUGGAACGGCUCGGCUCGCGCAACUACAGCGACUUGAAGACGCACCCGUUCUUCGACAAGUUCAACUGGCAGGUGCUUUACAACAAGACGAACUUGUGCGACAUAGCGAGCAUCGCCGAAAUCAUGAGCAACGACGCCGAAAAAGACCGCAAGAGUGGGGACCCCGAGGACAAGCGCAAGCACCAGCAGAUCGAGGAGAUGACCGACGUCAGCGCCGAAAGCCAGAAGCCAUUGCUGUGCUACGCUUCGCCUAGCUUCAAGAAACUCAUGAUCAAGGUAAAGUCAAGCAAGAGCCUUAUCAAGUUAUCUGAUUCCUUCAUGGAGACCAGCGACGAGAGCUCCGAAGCCAUCGACUAUCAGGCGAACUCCCCCGUGUCCUUGAGCCGAACCGCAGCUCUGAGCGGCGUGGACGGCAAAGACGGCACGUCCACCGAGAAGGUGGAUCUCAUGCUCUACCGGAAGAAGAAGUACACGAAGUUCUGGGGCUUCGGUUUCUCGCUGCGUCGGGUCGAGGGAGAGGAAGCGAGCUUCACCUACGUGGACACGGUGACCAAGGGCUCGCCUGCCGACAUGUCCAAGGUGCUGCCGCUGGACUUCAUUCUUCACGUGAACGGUAUCGCGGUGGCGGAUGUGCCGCUGUCCCGGAUAAAGAAGAUCAUCAGCGAUACCGGCGACCAGAUGGUGCUGUCGGUGAUGUCUUCGAGUCCCUACCGGCUGCUCACGAGCCGUAGAGACAUGCUGGGCGUCAUGCGCAGCAUACCCCGGGAAUCCGCCAUCGUUAAGGCCGCGACGCCCGGCUGCUUCGGUGGGAGGCCGUACGGCAUCGACAUCCUCGACGUCGACGUCGCAGACGACAAGCUGAAGCAGUCGGCCAAGUGCUUCGUGCUACUGUAUGCAGACGUGGUCAGUUGCAACAACAAGGCGGUCUUCCCGGGUGAUGUGCUGUCCGAAAUCGAUGGCACAUCGGUGGACGGCAUGUCGCGGCCACAGGUUUAUCACCUCCUGAGCGUCAGCAAACCCGAAGUCACGCUGUCGGUGGUUCCUCUGUCACCAAUGCGCAAGCAGCGGUGCCUGAUCUCGAAGAUGAACGAGACAGGCAUGUCCGACACCAACGUUCUGUCCAAGUCUACGGCUGCCGAUAUAGACUGAUUGCUCCACUACUGCCCCUGCCGUCCGGCAGUUGCGUUCCCGUAACGCUUUGACGCCUGCAACGUUGUGCUUGCCAGAAAGCGCACAUAUGGGCUGCGAGAACUCGUUUUACGCCGUUUUACACGAACUUACAUCCAUAACGUGUUUGUUAUUUUUGCAAGAUCUAGCCAUCGCACUUUUGUGUUAUGUGAAUGUAUACGUUUAGAAUGCCUGCCGUAAUUAAGUUGCAUUUGAACGGAACGUUUUUUCAAUGGACUAUACCAGGAUAGUUGUCGACAUCGCGAAUUUAGCGUGUAUUCAAAUAUUGUUCUGCAAUGUCGCAGUGCAGAACAUCGUUUGCGUUCAACGUUAUUGAGAAAAAAAGCUGCGUAUACGUGUGCGAAGUUUGAACUGGCUGUUACGCAAGAGGGCAACUUUGUGUGAUGAAAUGCUUGCUGGAGACGACUGUGGUAACGACAACGCUCUUCAAUGAUUAUUGUGAAGCUGUGUCAUCGGCGGAAUUUCAUAGCCUGGCAGUAACACUGCGAAUCCUGCGGCACUGAUUUCCGUCUUUGCCACGUGUCUUGUUUUCCUAUGCUGAAGAGUGAAAUUAUAGCAACUGCGCCCAUUAACGAGCACCUGAGACACAUUGGCGUCAUGUUUAGUAGGAGAGUGUACCAAAUGCGUUUCUGUGUAGGGUUUUCUCACCGAUAUCUUGUUCAGAGAGUGAAUGACUCUUGUGUGCGCAUCUACCAAUUGUACACGCUGAUAUAUUGGCCUAUUGCUUCCUAUUGCUUUGCAGACCUUUUUUCUUAGUUUCAAGGACGCUCUCGUCUGAGGCAACUUACCGAGUUAGUGGUGACGUAGUCCGUGUUACAAUGAACGUGUGCGUGUUGUGAACAUGUUUGUUCUACGAAAUAGAAGGCAUAAACGUGCUUUCCUGAUGAAGCGCCAGCAAGCGCCUAUAGGCACAUUUCGUACUUCAUUUGUAUUUGAACGAUGAAGGUUGCUGCCAUUUGUUGGCAAAUUGUCAUAUGCAGAGAAGCUCACUUUCAGCGCAUGAAAAGAAUGUGGCGAGGUUCCACCCACACCAAAACGAAUUUCUUGACAAGUGCAUGCCAUGUGAUUACUCUAUAAAAUUUUGGAACCGCAUACUCAUGGUUUCUCCUUAUGGGUUACUACUAGGUGCAAGCACGUAUGUUUAAACUGGCCUGUGGCUCUCAGACAGUCGGAAGAAAAAUUGAAAUAAAAGCGACGUCGUGUAAUUUGGUGACAGUGGUACACGGGUUGCGUAAUUCCGCGCUGCUGUAUGAAAGCAUUUGUCGCAGUGUUACAAGUACGCCCGUUCCGAGAAAAGCACACGGUACAGUGUCCGGGCUUGAGAAUAUAUAGCAUUUAGGAAAGGGUGCGAGUGAAAGCGGGCGAGGGUGACCCGGUGAUUAUGGCUCACAUUUGUCGCAGUGUUACAAGUACGCCCGUUCCGAGAAAAGCACAGGGUACAGUGUCCGGGCUUGAGAAUAUAUAGCAUUUAGGAAAGCCAGUAGGCUGAAUGAUAAGCAAAGUAAAGGUGUAUUGAAAUAUCAUCUCGCGCACA